AUGAAGGAGCACUGUCGAGUCCUCUGCAAACAGCAGUGGGACGAGCUCUGCAACUCGCUCGACGGACAGCUACACAACAGACAGACGUGGAAAUUACUCAAGUACCUGCUAGACAACACAAUUAUCAGGCCGCACCGCAAAGACGGUACUCGUCACGUAACCCGGCAAGGCUCCUGGCUUCGCUCACCGAUUUCGCUCAUCUCAUGCGUGGGCAAAGUGAUGGAACAUGCGUUCCGCAAUCUAGUAAACGCCCACCUUGAACUGACGGGUGCCGACUCACACACCGUCAUUGGAUUCCGGGCUCACCUCCUGACGCAGGACGCCAUGCUCCAACUGAAAUACCAGUCCCGUAACACCAAAGCCAUCCUUGGCCUCAACCUCGAGAGCGCAUUCGACAGGGUCGCCCAUUCGGCGAUACUGGCCCAAAUCUCGCAUCUGAACGUCCGCGAAAGAGCCUACAACUACGUCAAAGACUUUCUCUCCGACUGA